CGAAACAAAUUAGUUCAAACGCAUUUUCAAUUCAUCACUCUCACUCAAACAAACAAACAAAAUGCCGCUAAGAAACCCUCACUCCUCCACCGCCGAUCUCCUCACAUGGCCCGAACAACCUCCGCCGCUGUCCUCCGCCUCCGGCCACCGCUCUCGCCAGACUUCCGAUAGAAUCAGCGAGGUUCUCCGCGGAAGCCAGUUCACUGAGGCAGAAGCACAGAGUCUAACAAAAAAGAAAUCGUGCUUUGAAUCUAAAAUGAAAGAGACAACUGGAAGUGGUAUAAUUUCGGGCAAUGCUGAAGAUACCACGUUAGAAGGCAAUUCUGCAAAUGCAAAAAACAAAACAAGCAUACGCGUAUAUCAGCAAGCAAGGCAUGGAAUCAGUCAGAUAUCAUUCGGCACUGAAGAAAACAUUUCUCCCAAGAAACCAACCUCUCCACAUGAGAUAGCAAAGCAGCGUGAACUUAGUGGAUCAUAUCAAAGCAAAUCAGUCGCGAAGAUCCAGAAGCAAACAUCAAGUGCCAAGACCAAGGAGCUCAGCGGAAGUGAUAUAUUUGCCCCUCCUCCUGAAAUUGUGCCACGUUCAUUUGCUACUGCACAGACUUUGGAAUCAAAAGCAAGUAGAGACAUGAGAGAACCUGUUCCACAAAAAAUGCACGCAUCUGCGGAAGUUUCUAAUCCUGCUGGUGACCCACGUAAUAUCUUAUUCAGUGACGAAACAGUUAAAAAGACAUUAAGACAAGUACAUCUCCAGAAGUCUGCAGAUCUGACGGGUAAUAAUAUUUUCCAGGGAGACGUUCCUGCAGGAUCACCGGAAAGGCCUUCGAGCAGAGCUAAACUUAGGGAAAUGGCCGGGAAUGACAUAUUUGCUGAUGGAAAGGCAGAAACCAGAGAAUAUAUAGGUUCCCGCAGACCCCCAAGUGGAGGAAGCCGCAUUGCCCUGGUUUAAACUUGAUACCUUAAUUCGUCCCAUUAACUGUGUGCGUUCUAUAAAUUCCUCUAAAGGAUCAGUGUGUUGUUGGAU